CCCCAGAUCCAUAAAGGCGUAAGUGGCAUUACGACAAUAUUUUUUUUGUACAGAUUUGGAUAGUGUGAAUAAAGAUGCAUAAGCUCAAUAUUUUUCAUGCAAAUCGGACCUAAAAAUGAAUAUUUAUGACAAAAAAAUGAUUUAGUACUUCACCAACAUUGAAUAUUUUUUUAAAUAAAAAUAGCAAUAAAUCAAUUUACACAAGUAAAAUGCCGCCAAUAAAAAAAUAUUCACCUUUACGCUUUUUACCCCUGAGUCAAAUGAAAAAUUAUAUACAUAUAUCUCUUGUUAUGACUUUUUUAAUUUAAUGAAAAGCCAAGUGGUUUAUAGUAUUACGGAUUACAUCCUAUGAUGACAGGAAAUAAUCAAAAGUAAAAAGAUUUAAUUGCGAUUACAUCAAAUACUGACGCAAUUUUUAAGAUUAAGAAUACUUACAUCUAACUUCGACUUCAUAAUUAAAAAUUAAAAAGAGAAUUUUCGAAAUUAAGUCUGCACACUACUGACUUUUUCUGAAGUAAUCAUUAUUACGCCCUUUUUCCGUUCGUAAAUAAUUUCAUAAGCUGGAAGUAAUCGCGAACGCGCCAAUCAACCAGUUGAAACAUGAAUUUAUUCGUCUAUACUGCGCAUGCGUAAGGUGCGCAGGAGAAGCGUGUGUUUGUUUACUUCUCAUUACGGACGCGCCGCGCGGUGAUAACAGCACGUAUUGAUUGCAUUUCCGCAUUAUUCAUUGAAAUAGGAAUUUAGAGUGUUUAAAAAUUGUUUCCACGAUGUCUGGACGUCGAGGUCGGUCAAAGAAAAUGCUUGAUUUUGUAUUUUCAGGUUGUGAACAUAAUGAAUCUCACACAGCAAAUAGAAAUGACGAACUUUUUCCUCGUAACACAAACAACCAACGGAAUAUCGAAGAGACCGAGGUAGCAAGUUCAGAUGACAAACUACAUGCGUCGCAUUCAAUUCAAAUAAGAAAGAACCAGUUUUUAAGAACUAGUAGUAAAACUACGAGCUACCGAGAAAUUGUGUCAGCUGAUGAAAAUGAAGAACCUUUCUCUCCAGCAGUGUCUGAGUAUACCUAUAUACCUACAGAAAAUUCAAGUCGGUUUUCUAGUCCAGUACGUAGCUUUAAUACUUCAGCUUCGUCUGCGUUGGUGCGAGAUGUAACAAUAGCGAUAACAGCUGAUUGCGUUACUCCUUCAUCUAGACCACAAAAUCUCUUUCAAUUUAGUACUCCCGAAUUUAGCCGUCAAAUCGAUUUUAUUGCAUCUCCGUCUAUUGUUUAUAAGCAUAAUAUAGAAAAUGAAAAAACUAAUAAUAGCCCUGAUCGUGAGUUUGAUGGCAUUUAUUCUUUACUAGUAGAUAAUUGUGAUGAUACUAUUCGAUAUGAGACCAACGCAGAAGCUAUUUUAAUUGAAAACACUCACGAAAUUCAUAAUGUAAAUGAUGACAACAUCAAAGUUUAUAUGGAUCUUUCUGUACCAAGUAAUCAACUCUCUGUAGCAACAACUGACAUUGAAGACAUACAAAAUAUAUACCAGCAAAGUUUUUCACAACCGGGCACAAGUUCUGAUCCUGGAAACACUUUUCCAAAUCUAAAUACGAGCAACCUAUUAACUGAUGACACCACUACAAAUACUUGUAGCACUACAACUACUGUUAUUGGGACUAGUCAAUCGGUAGAAAGAGAAACAAACUCAUGUCAUGCUGUACUGACGUCAGAAAGUAAAUCUAAACCAAGAAAGAGGGAACGUAACUUAGAUAAUUGGGCUAAACCUAAAAACAAAAAAUUAAAAAACAAUGGUCUUGAAUAUGUAAGUGUCAACAACAAAAAAGUUCAGCCACGUAAAGAACUGGGUAGUGCUUGUAACUGUAAGAUGCAAUGCUCCACACAAUUCACAGAAGAUAUUCGUUCUGAGCUAUUUCAAUAUUACUGGGCUAUAGGAAACCAUGAAAAGCAAUGGCUUUUCAUUUUAAAAUAUUUAGAAGUUGAAGAACCCAAAGUUAUAAAAGUGCAAAGAAAGCGGGAUAGAUCACGUACACUACUUUAUUACUUGCCAUUAAAGAGGGACAGCGUAGUUACAAAAGUUAGAGUCUGCAAAGUGAUGUUUAUAAAUACUCUAGGUAUAUCAGAGAAAUCUGUAUACUCGGCGAUGAAUAAAUUUACAAACAACCUACAAAUAACCGAUUUACGCGGCAAGCAUGCUAGCCGUCCUCUUAAAACCAGUGAUGAAACGGAGCAAGGAGUUAUACAACAUAUAAAGUCAUUUCCGUGCAUUGAGUCCCAUUAUUUGCGAAAACAAACUAGUCGCCAAUAUCUCGCUUCUGAUCUAAGUUUAGCAAAAAUGCAUAGAUUGUACUUAUGUUGGGCAUCGGAAAAUUUACAUGGUGUAAAAACGGCGAGCUUGUACCAAUAUAGCAAUAUUUUUAAUAGUAAAUUUAACCUGUCUUUUUUUAAACCGAAAAAGGACUUGUGUCAAAUAUGUAGUAUAUACGAAAAUGCUGAUAAUAAUCAUAAAAAAGACUUGCAGGAAAAUUAUGAAAAUCAUUUGAAGAAUAAAUCUCUAGUGCGCAAAAUUAAAGAUGAUGAAAAAUCUUCAUCGGACCCUAAAACGAAAACUGUCGCUGUAUUUGAGUUAGAGAAAGUAUUAAAUUUGCCGCAGUCUAACGUCGGAAUAUUUCACUAUAAAAGGAAAUAUCCCGUCUACAAUUUUACCAUUUAUAAUUUACUAUCUUUACAAGGAUAUUGCUAUUUGUGGCACGCACAGAUAGCUAAGAGAGGAGCUAACGAAAUUUCUAGCUGUCUUUUUGACUUUUUUAAAAAGGAAGCUGAUCGUGGUAUUAAAUUUAUAUCAUUAUAUUCAGAUAAUUGCUCAGGUCAAAACAGAAACCGCUUUGUAUUUGCGAUGUACAUUUAUGUAUCUCGUACUCUAAACUUAGAUAUAACUCACAGAUUUUUACAAACAGGACACACGCAGAAUGAGGGGGACUCUAUGCACGCUUGUGUAGAAAAAAAUUUAAAAAAUAAAAUCGUGUAUACACCGGACCAACUGUAUGAAAUUAUCAUGAACGCCAAAGUUAAUAAAAAAUUUGUUACCACUGAAAUGCCUCAGAAUAGUUUUUAUGAUUUUAAAUUGAUGGCAAAUUCAAGUAAAAAUUGGCUGACAAAUUCAAGAGGUGAAAAAGUAUACUACUCAAAGAUGAAAGAAGUUAGAACUACUCCCGAAGCGUCCGGUAAGCUAUUAUAUAAAUAUGAUUUGGAGCAAAACGAUUAUUUUGUAUUAGACACUACUUAUUGUUCUUCUAAAACGCGAAAAAGUAAAUUAAAUAGAACUGGUUCUGAACUGAAGGCAGCUUAUGACUGUUUGUUACCUGUGUCCAAUGCGUUGUUCAAAGAUUUGAAUAGUCUUUGUGACUUAAAUGCAAUUCCUUUGCAUUAUCAAAAUUUCUAUAGAAAUUUGGUGCCUGAAAAUGACGCACGUAAUUUAUUGCCUAGCGAUAAUUCGGACGAAGACUAAGUGUUUUGUUAAUUUUGAUAAACUCUAAGUAUAUUCUGUUAAUUCUUAGUUGAUUUAAAAAAAAUACUUACAUGUUUAUGUAUCUAUUUUCUUUUUUUUUAUUAGAAAAAAAUGUCUUUAA